AUGUUUUCAUUAACUUUCUUAUUCUUUCUUCAAAGUUUAGCUGAAAUUCUGAUUUAAAAUUUGAUAAAUACUACUAAAGGAAUAUAAAAUAUUCCAUUAAACUCUUAUUGUGAGGAUUUAAUUCCAACAAAAUAGCUGAAAAUAUAGCUCACUUAAUAAUUUUAAGGAACAUCAAUAUUAGCUAUUUGUUAGACAAAUUUGGAGAAUAAUGAUUAAUUUGAAUAACUUCUUGAAUAAAAAAAUCAGGAAUCAAAUAAUUGUUUGGUUGAUUUCAAUGCAUACAUCUUAAGAAAUUAGACUUAAGUCCUGUUUAUAUAGCAUAAUCAUCAUUCAACUUUAGUAUCCUAAUAUUACAACAUUUUUUCAAUUGACAAACAUAAAUGUCAUGCUUCUGUUUAUUCAAGCUAGGAUUCUAUUUAUCUUUUGACUGUAGAAUCAUAUGAAAUUGAAGAAUGUGCUUUGUAAAAGUAAUUACUAUUAAAGGAAUUGUAAAAAUCAUGGAAUAUGUGUAAAAGGAUUCUGUUAAUGUCCUUUAGGUUAUUUUGGAUAUGAUUGUGACAUAAUUACUACCAAUAUCGAAUAAAACAAUUAUUUUUUUGGUUUUUAAAUACUUUACUUAGACCUUAUUACUUUAUAGUCAGUAGAUUAUGUUAUAGAGUUAAAUUAAGAAUUAACUUAUUCAAUAAUAUGUUAUGCUAACUCAUCUCAUUUAUAAAUACCUAAUCAAAUAGGAAAAAUUCUUUAGAUUAAUGAAAAUUAAAUAAACUCUUGCAAAUAACAGACAUAGUUAUUAUAAUAAUAAACUAAAAUAAAUUAUUAUUCAUAAUUUAUAUUUGUGACAAACACUUCUAAAAUUGUAUCAUAUUCACAUUAAGCAGAUGAAUAAUAUUCAAGUAUUAUUGUAUUUAUUGUUUUGGCAUCAAUUUUAAGCGUUAUAAUUAUCAUAAUUAUUGUAGUCUACAUUUUUAAAAUAAAAAAUGAAAGAAAACAAUAAAAAUAAACUAUCCAAAUGGAAAAUUUGAUGCCUGCUUAACAAUUUUUUUCAGUAUCAGAUAGAAGAUCACCAUAUCAAGAUGAAUAAUCUUGUUCAAUUUGUUUAGAACCAUUUAAGCCUGAUAGUAUUGUAAGAAUGACUUAUUGUGAACAUAUUUUUCAUGUAACUUGUUUAUAAAAUUGGAUGAAAAAGAAUAAAGUAUUAAUAUAUUUUAAUAAUAGAUAUGCCCAUUAUGUAGAGCUGCUUUAGAUACUGUUACAAUUUAAUCAAAAAGAAAAACUGAACAGAAACCCCAAAAAAAUCAUAUUCUUCAGCAAUUGAGUUCUUUAUAGAAACAUGAUGGCUCCUUAAAUUCUAUCGAUGGAAAUCUUUCCUAUCAAUCACCAGUGACAAAAUAACUAGCAAUUGUAAAACACUCAAAAUUUGCAAAGUGA